AUGUCUAUUCGACAAUUUGUAGGGAUUCAAGAAAUAGCCAAAAAGGCUUUUAAUUCUCUGAUUGUGAUUCGCAAAGAGAUAGAGAGUAAAAACCAAGAAGUCUUGGCACAUGGAAUAUCAGUCUACAAUUAAGUUGUGCCUAUAGAUGCAAGCAAAAGCAAAUUUGGAUUUUUCAGAUCAUCUCGUCUUGACAAUAGAUCAGACCAUAGAUACUAUGACAUGAACCCAUUGCCUCCUCCAGAGUCCAAGAUUGCUCGUGUCUACAUCAUGGACGAUAAUCGCAUGCAUCAAACUCCCACAAUGAGAUAAGGAUAUCAUUGGAAUGUCUAGAUUGAGAGAGGACCCAUCCACAGAAUGCCUUGGAGUGGUUGGACAUUUUCAAAGGAUUAGAAGAGCAGAGAAGUUUAUAAGUUCCUCAGUUUGGAAGCUGCACUAGAAUUUUGCCAAUAAGAUGGGUAUGGAUAUAUUAUACAAUAUCCCCACUUUCGUUACACUUCUAAGAGAAAAUAUGCUGACAAUUUUAAGUGGAAGGGAUUUCCAAAGGAUGAACAAGACUCUUGAAAAGAUAUUAUCAAUAAUAACAAGGAAUAUCAAUAAUUGGCAUUCUAAA